AUGACUGAUUUGCCCGUCAAAGCUGUGAAAAAACGAGGGCAAAACCGGGAGUUUCUUCUUAUUAGACGACGACGACAGCUCUCGUCGUCAUCACUCUUGUCUCGACUCUUUUUUUACCAUCGAACAAAGAGGUUUUUGUUUUUUGAAAUGGCGGCGAUGAAAUACAUAAUAGUCAUCAUCCUUCUUCUUUCGUCAACACUAGUUGCUCACUCUUCUUCUACAAGAUCUUUCUUUUGGUUAGGAGAAACACAAGAUAUGAAAGCCAUGAAAAAGGAGAAGGAGAUAGAUGGAGGAACAGCUAAUGAAGUUGAAGAAAGACAAGUGCCGACUGGAUCCGACCCUCUCCAUCAUAACCACAUUCCUUUUACUCCAUAGAGAGAUACAUUCCUCCUUUUUAUUUAUUUCUUCUUCUGUUUCACAUUCAUGUUGACA